AUGAGCGCAGCCUAUUACACCCGUAGACCCGGACCGUCCGGCUCGCCGUUCCCUCAGUCCCAAAACGGAGGCGAGCGAAAUGCGAACCAGGGCGACGCCCGCGGGGGGGGACAUGGGAUGGGGCAGCAAGGCGCGCCUGCGUACGGCUACGCGCAACCCCGCAUGCAGCAUUUCAGUCACCAGCCCCAAAACAGUGCGGCGCCUUCCCAACCGGCGAAUCCGGCGCAUGUCGCCGAUCCCAACAACACCCCCGACGGCGACGAAGGGUGGAAGAGCCAAGUCGUCUUGCCUCCAAAGGACAACCGCGUGAAGACGGAGGAUGUGACGAAAACGAAAGGCACCGAUUUCGAGGAGUACUUCCUACGACGUGAAUUGUUGAUGGGGAUCUUCGAGAAAGGCUUCGAAAAGCCGUCGCCGAUCCAGGAAGAAUCCAUUCCUAUCGCCCUCGCCGGGAAAAACAUCCUCGCCCGGGCGAAAAACGGCACUGGCAAAACAGCCGCGUUCUCGAUUCCUCUCCUCGAGAAGUGUCAGACGUCGAAGCGCUAUAUUCAAGGGUUGAUUCUCGUUCCGACUCGCGAGUUGGCUCUGCAGACGAGCGCAGUCGUGAAGGCCAUCGGGAAGCACAUGAAUGUUCAGUGCAUGGUUUCGACAGGAGGCACGAGCCUUCGAGACGACAUUAUGCGACUGUAUAAUCCCGUGCAUGUGCUGUGUGGGACGCCGGGACGAAUCCUGGACUUGGCGAACAAGGGCGUCGCCGACUUGAGCAAUUGCCACAUGGUGGUCAUGGAUGAAGCCGACAAACUGCUCUCGGCGGAAUUUCAACCGAUUGUAGAAGAGCUUAUCAAAUUCGUCCCUAGAGAGAGGCAGAUUCUCAUGUACUCCGCUACCUUUCCGGUCACAGUCAAGGACUUCAAAAACAAGUAUCUCCCCGAUGCUCAUGAAAUCAACCUCAUGGACGAACUCACGCUGAAGGGUCUUACACAGUACUACGCGUUUGUCGAAGAACGUCAAAAGGUCCACUGCCUCAACACCCUUUUCUCGAAGCUUCAAAUUAACCAAGCGAUCAUUUUCUGCAACAGCGUGACCAGAGUGGAGCUUUUGGCUAAGAAGAUCACGGAGCUAGGAUAUUCGUGUUUCUACAUUCAUGCGCGGAUGAUGCAGUCCCACAGAAACCGGGUUUUCCACGAUUUCCGGAACGGGGCGUGCCGCUGUCUUGUUUCCUCCGACCUAUUCACACGUGGAAUCGAUAUUCAGUCCGUUAACGUCGUUAUCAACUUCGACUUCCCAAAGAAUUCAGAGACAUACCUCCACCGCAUUGGCCGCUCCGGCCGCUUUGGACAUCUUGGACUUGCCAUCAACCUUAUCACCUACGACGACCGCUUCAACCUCUACCGAAUUGAGAGCGAACUGGGCACAGAAAUUCAGCCAAUUCCAAGCCAGAUCGACGAAGCAAUUUACACUUGA